UUUCCGGUUCCGGCGCCCGCCUCUCGCUCUCUGUUUCAGCUUCGUCGUUCGGUGGCAGUCAGGAGAGAAGUCCGAGGCGGAAGAUGGUGGCCAAACAACGGAUCCGCAUGGCCAACGAGAAGCACAGUAAAAACAUCACCCAGCGGGGCAACGUAGCUCGGAGCACCAGGCCCCUUCAGGAGGAGAGGGCUCCAGUAGCCCCCUGGUUGCUGGCGUUGUUUGUAUUUGUGGUGUGUGGAUCAGCCAUUUUCCAGAUUAUUCAGAGCAUCAGGAUGGGAGCUUGAAGGACAGUCCAGUCAGCGGUAACGGUUCUCUCCUCGGCCACGGUUAUUUUGUUUCUUGGACUCUGACCAACUCCUGACCCCCCCUCUCGGACUGCACUGUGAAAACUCUCGUCUUACAAGCCGCCAAUACUGAAAAGCCUGCACCCUUCAGUCAGUAUUUCACAGCAAUAACCAAUAUGGGUGCACACUGUAGACGGCAUUAUAUAGAAAGUGUAAAAUAUAUUCUAUAAAUUAUACAGAAUCAAAGCAACAUGAAUUCCUCUGAGUGCCUCACUGGCAAAUCUGAGCAGUGUUCCAGGUAUGCAUCAGUACACAUUCCAGCUGUUCGAGGUCUGCUUCCAUGGACUAGCUGCCCACUUAGAGAACCUGCCUGGCCUCCCUCACCAGCAUCGCCUCUGCACAUCUGCUCAAAGGAGCUUUAGAAAUCGCUGAUAGUGUUGGAACUUUGUCCUUUGAUCUCAGCAGUCCUGGCUUGUCUUUGGACUCUGGCCGUGGACUGCAAACCCUCCCCCACCCUGUGCACUCCUCUGAUCUUUAGUCAAUCAAUCUCUUUUACACCUUUUUUAACGUCCGUUUGAU